CCCGGCUGGGGUGUCCCAGAAGAGCCGCGAAUUGAAAUGCUUCAUGGAACCACCACUCUGGCCUUCAAGUUUCAACAUGGAGUCAUUGUUGCCGCUGACUCCCGGGCUACAGCGGGUGCCUACAUUGCCUCCCAGACGGUGAAGAAGGUGAUAGAGAUCAACCCCUACCUUUUGGGAACCAUGGCUGGGGGUGCAGCGGAUUGCAGCUUCUGGGAACGUCUGUUGGCUCGGCAGUGUCGAAUCUAUGAGCUUCGAAAUAAGGAACGCAUCUCCGUAGCCGCUGCUUCCAAGCUGCUUGCCAACAUGGUGUAUCAGUACAAAGGCAUGGGGCUGUCCAUGGGCACCAUGAUCUGUGGCUGGGAUAAGAGAGGCCCUGGCCUUUACUACGUGGACAGUGAAGGGAACCGGAUCUCUGGGGCCACCUUCUCUGUAGGUUCUGGCUCAGUGUAUGCUUAUGGGGUCAUGGAUCGAGGCUACUCAUAUGACCUGGAUGUGGAGCAGGCUUAUGAUCUGGCCCGUCGAGCCAUCUACCAAGCCACCUACAGAGAUGCCUACUCAGGAGGUUCUGUUAACCUCUACCAUGUUCGAGAGGAUGGUUGGAUCCACGUCUCCAGUGACAAUGUAGCUGAUCUACAUGACAAGUAUAGUGGAUCUACCCUCUGAAGGAGGGUGGUUGUGGCUGUUUACAUUUUUGGGGAUGACUGUCAUUGUUAAUGAUACAGUACCCUAUCUUAUGGUGGAGGAGUCCUCAGUUGUAUCAGUACUUUUUUUGAAGCUCUGGAACAUUGACCUCUACGUGUUAGCAGAUGUUAAUGAGCUGCAGCAGAGGUGACUACUUGUUUUACUUUUUUGGAUGUUAACAUUACACUACUCACUACUCAA